AGGCUAUUAAUAAUGUUCUUCCCUUAUCUGGUUUCCUUUUUCUUUACUAUAAUUUCUGCACAAAACUUGCAUUAAUUUGUCCUUCCACGUUCCAUCAUUUCAGCAGAGUGCGAGACAACGCUUAUAUUAAGCUGUCAAUUCAUUCACUGAAACGCCUAUUGUGCUCUUCAUCAAAAUGGUUGCUACUCACAGUUUCAUACUUUGCCCAAGCCAUUCCCACUUUUUCCUUAUUUUUCUCUUGAUUUUAAGCCCGACCCAUGGUAGAUACAAAACUGAAGGUAGGCCAACCCCCAAAUUUGAUAGCUUUUCCAAGGCAGUAAAUGAAGAAAAGGAAAUAAUGAGAGGUCGGAUAGGGUCAAGGCCGCCAAGGUGCGAGAGAAGAUGCAGCUCAUGCGAGCAUUGUGAAGCCAUUCAAGUGCCUAUAGAUCCACCACUCAGACAUGGCAACAUGAAUAUUUCAACACUCAACUUUGAUGCUGCUUACGCUAGAGGAGUUGAUAAUUCCAACUACAAGCCCAUGAGCUGGAAAUGCAAAUGUGGGAACUUCAUUUUCAACCCCUGA